ACUAGAAUAGAUUGCGACAUGCUAUAAACAACUUGCUAGCUGAGUCGAUCAACGAUCGCGUGAGGUAAUAAAUGCGUUGACAGCGGAGAUAGCGGUAUGCGUCCGGACAACGCUACUGCGAGAUGUCAUUGACCUCGAGUCUAACUUAGCCUAAAUUACAUUUAACCACAUUUAAAUAACCUCAACGAUUUUUAAAUUCCCAUUACCCCAGGGACUGGUAAUAUGUCAGCAGGUGACAAGGCCGGGCGGGCUGGGAAAAGGGCUGGGUCACAAAAACAAAGGUAAGGGUAUAACAAAUGAUAAGGUCGCUAGGUAUAAGUUCCUUCCGUCUCCCCUCCUCCCCCAAUCCCCCUUAGUUUCUCCAAGAAUGGAAACAUGGCUUAGUAGGGACGCGAACAAACGGUAGCUCGCGGUUUCUUUAUGUCAGCCAUUAACUCUGUGUGACACGGGUUCACUACUUUAUUCUUAUGGUCCCAAGGUUGAAAAUUAGAAGACGAAUCUGAUUAAGACAUGACGUGUUGAUUGAAAUCACCAAUCACCAGGUCAGAAAAGUUGGCUUAUCUCAAAUGUGCGGCGUGCUUGGCCGGUGACGAUCGUCUGAAUCAAGUCAAAAUGAUUCUUUUCUUGCUAUCUGUUUGCUUUUUAUUAGUUCUACCAGUCCAGUCUAUUUCCACAGCAACAGUCUUCGAAUCAAGGAGUCUUCCACAGAACUAUCUGAUGGCAUCGGUAGGGAAUGGCUAUAUUUCUACGGUGGCAUACAGUGAUACAGUUUAUCUCUCUGGUUUGUUCAAUGGUCGAGGUACGACAGCUCCAAGUCAUCGAGCUCGUAUUCCUUCUACAUGUGAUAUUCAAGUGAGAACUAAUGUUCCAGGGAAGAAAGAUGAGGUUUGGAGCCUCGAUGUAUCGCAAGGUGUCUUCAAAUAUCUUCUUACAGCUGUAAACUUUACACUAAAGCAAAAUGUUUACGCACACAGAGUUCGACAACACGUGAUCAUUUCAGAAGUUUCAGUUUCCAACUUGAUGAAUGAAGAUAUUCAAAUCGCCUUUGACACGAGUUUCAACCCAUCGAGUCAAGAUAUCGACUUUAAAAUGGUCUCUCCUUCAAGAAUCCGCAGACUGAAUCAAAUGUUUCCAUCUACACAAUAUACCUACAAAGCGAUGCAAGGGUAUAUCAAGGAAACAGAGGAACCCGAUAGCCCCAGGUUAGGAGUGGCGGUCGUAUGGACGGGAGUCCCGGGUGAUCCAAUAACUGUCACGCGACACUCCUCGCACAAGUGGUAUUUUGUGACAGCUAUAUCCAGUAGCUUAAACACAGAGAACUUUCUACAAGACGCCUAUAAUUCAUACGUUUCAGCCAUGAAUGACUUGGAUAAUCUACUAGGAAGCCACACGAAAGCAUGGCAAGAGAUCUGGGAGCAAGGCCGUAUUGAACUGGAUGGGAAUCUUCCACUUGCACAAGCUGUGUAUGGAAGUCUUUACUACAUACUCAGUUCUAUUCGUCCGUCGUGGCCAUAUGGGUUGAGUCCGGGGGGUCUCGCCACAAAUGGGUAUAAUGGACAUACUUUUUGGGACCAGGAAACAUGGAUGUAUCCACCUCUAUUGAUGUUCUUUCCUCUCUUCGCACAAUCGUGUUUGGAGUACAGAUUGAAUCGACUGCAAGUAGCAAAGAACAGGGCAAAGAAACGCUCUUACCAAGGUGCUAUGUUCCCUUGGGAAAGUGCUGUGACCGGUAAUGAAGUAUGUCCUGGCCAAAUCUAUUCCGACUAUGAACAACAUAUUACAGGAGACAUUGGUAUCGCUGCUAAACAGUACUGGCUUGCAACAAAUGAUGUCCAAUGGUUGAAAGAGAAGGGGGUUGAUCUUAUUUACUCUACAGCAGAGUUCUGGGCUAGUAGGGUAACACUAAAUCAAUCUAAGGGACAGUUUGUUAUAUAURACGUCAUGCCGCCUGAUGAAGAUCGUGGAGUGGUGAACAAUUCAGUCUAUACUAACGUGAUUGCCAAGCUUAACCUUGAGUUUGCUACGAAGAUGAUUAAGAACACACCCAAGAACUGGAAGAAAAUAGCAGAAAACAUUUACAUUCCUUUUGACGCCCAGAGACAAUACCAUCCUGAAUAUGAAGGCUACGAUCUAGACAUCAAGGUCAAGCAAGCCGAUGUAAUACUUUUAGGCUUUCCAUUAAUGUACAAUAUGAGUUCUCAAGUAAGAAAGAACGACCUUACUAUUUACGAGCCCCGUACUCAACCAAAAGGUCCUGCUAUGACCAAGUCUAUGUUUGCUUUAAACUGGUUAGAGAUUGGAGAACUGGCCAGAGCUGAGGCAUCGUUCAAUAAAAGCUAUCUAAACGUAAAGGAGCCAUUCAAAGUCUGGACAGAAACCCCUGACGGAGGAGCUGUCAAUUUUAUAACUGGAGCGGGAGGAUUUCUCCAAGCUGUCAUUUUUGGCUAUGGUGGAUUUAAACUGCGCGAGUCUUACCUUGAAUUCCAUCCCAGGCUCCUUCCACACACAAGCCAGGUUAAGAUAGUAGGGCUCGACUACCUUGGUAACAGUAUUGAUGUUAUUAUUACUAUGACGUCAUCGAAUCUUACUGUGACGUCACGGCAAAGCUCGUCCCCAGUCCUUGAAGCUGUUGUUCAGUCAUCUCAAAGAAAAUACAUCCUUGAUGUCGGUCAGACAAUAGUGCUGCCAAACACGCUCACGUGGAUUCAAAAGAACACUCAGAACUUAAUUUAGUUGAACGCUUUUAUUUUCUAGUCUUUUCACAGUGAUAAAUUAAGCAAUGAGUUGGGAAGGUUCGGAUGAGAAGGUGGAAGACUGCAUGCGUAUAAUAAAUAGUGUACACAAUUUGGUUGUAUAACACGGACAGUCCUUAUAUAUACAUUAUAAUAUGUUUUACAUACAUCAAUCCUAGUAAUAAGAGUAAAGAUAAUAUGUUAUAUCUGUUGCAUAAAACAUUUCGCGCUUUUAUCUGUAAAAACUUUGAUUCUUAAUGACGUCAUCCUUUUCCAAGAUGACAUCAUUCUUGCUAAACUGACGUCACUUGAAAUACGAUCAUUUAAUAAUUCUAUGAUUAAAAAAUAUUUUGCUUUGGUUUGCACAAAGAGUCGGCUCUUCUUUAAGUCAAGGGCUCAUAGUAAAACUUUGGUUUAAGAAAGUUGAUCGUGAUUGGAUCAUGUUUGAAGUAUUCACUUUCUAUGUCUUAAAAAUAUUAUAUUAUUGAAAACUAGUAUUAAUAUUAAUCAUACAAUUUUAUAUCACUCUAAUAAUAUAUUAAUAAUCAAUGAGAAGACUAUCUGUAAAACCUGGAUACUGAAAACCGGGUUAAGACAGCCAGCAUAGUGGAGUAACAUACUAUUGCUGUGCCACACUGUUGACUGUAUGAAUAGAAAACACCACUCUCUUGUAUUUACAAUAAUAAAUAUCUACUGCGAUUUUAGAUAUUCUGCGAACACGUAAGUUACAAGCUGCUGUCAAUCAAAAAUAAUCAGUAAGUACCUAUUAUCUUCAUGACUGGCGGCAGUAAAAAACCAAUUUCACAACUAGCUGUUGGAAUGUCCGAGUUCGCAGAAUAUCGAAAACCGCAGUUAUAAAUGGAAUGGAAUAUUAUCUUUUGGAA